CGAACCACAACAAAGCUCAAUCAUGGCUGAUAACCAGUCCGCUAAUAUUCAAGCACUGCUGUCCGCAUUAAAUGUGUUUACUCGUGCACCUGACAAGACUUCUUUGGAGAACGCGAAUUCCUGGCUGCAGGAUUUCCAACACUCUCCCGAAGCAUGGUCGACAUGUAACGUCCUCCUGCUAUCUCAUGAUGCACCUCCAGCGGCCAAACUAUUCGCCGCACAGACUUUCAGGUCAAAAGUUACUUAUGAUUUACAUCAAGUAGAUCCAUCGAAUCUUCUUCCCCUCAGGGACACUCUGGUCACUGCGUUGGAGAGAUAUCAAAGCGGUCCGAAGACCAUUAUCACACAGUUAUGUCUGGCGCUUUCAGGGCUUGCCUUGCAACUCCCAGCUUGGGACAAUGCUCUACAGAGUAUAGUCGAGACAUUCGGAGCGAACCCUGCAACUGUUCCUGUGCUGCUCCAAUUUCUGACCAUCCUUCCGGAAGAAGUAUCGGGUAACACAAGGAUACCUGUGACUGACGAUGAAUAUCGCGAAAGGUCUACAAAACUCCUUUCAGACAACUCUGAGCAGGUAUUGGAGCUGCUCUCCAUGUACUUGCAGGCAACUGGUGUCACGCAUGCAGUUCAGAGCCAAAUCUUUGACUGCCUUCGCAGCUGGUUAGUCGCAGGAGAAAUCAAUAUGCCCGCUUUCGGGAAAUCUUCUUUACUUGCAUUUGCAUUCGAGGCCCUAGCUUCAGAGGAACUUUUUGACUCGGCAGUCGACGUCGUCUGUGAAAUGAUACACGAGACGCAAGAAAUCGACGACAAUAUGCCCGUGAUUGAACUCAUCGUUCCUCGGGUCAUUGCCUUAAAGUCUCGACUGGAGGAUCAGAAGGAUGAUCCUGAAAAGAUUCGAGGCUAUGCAAAGAUCUUUGCAGAAGCGGGUGAGACGUACCGGCUACUCAUUCUUCAGCACACCGACACAUUCUACCCAAUCGUUGAGGCAAUUGGCCAGUGCUCAGCCUACCCUGACCUUGAUAUUGUGCCCAUCACUUUCCCCUUCUGGAUGCGGCUGGCUCAGACUAUCGGCAAGAAAACAACAAUUUCGCCACUAUUCGGGGAAGCGUACAAGGCGUUGAUGGGAGUCGUUAUUCGCCAUUUGCAUUUCCCUCCUGAUCUCACCUCUAUGACGGGCCAGGAAGCGGAUAAUUUCCGCUCGUUCAGACACGUGAUGGGAGAUACUCUCAAGGACUGUUGUCUAGUUCUUGGUGCAGAUGCCUGUCUUCUUUCUGCUUACGGGCUCAUCACCAUGGCGCUCUCUCGCGGUCCACAGUCCAUCUCCUGGCAAGAAAUCGAGGCCCCUCUCUUCGCUAUGCGCUCCAUGGGUGCCGAAGUUGAUGUGAUGGACGACACCGCCGUGCCCAAGAUAAUGGAUCUCAUUCCCUCCCUUCCGAUUCAUCCUCGAGUUCGUUAUGCUGCAUUGCUCAUCAUAUCCCGGUACACCGAAUGGAUCAACCGUCACCCAGACUACAUCGCAUAUCAACUACAGUACAUCUCAGCAGGCUUUGAAGAUCCUGACUCUGAGGUCAGUGCGGCUGCAGGGCAAGCGUUGAAGUACUUGUGCCAAGACUGUAAACAGCAUUUGAUUGAAUUCCUUCCUACACUGCAUACUUUCCUCACAACAACCGGAACAAAACUGACUCAAGACGAUCGGCGGCAAGUAUACGAGGCCAUCGCUUACGUGAUUUCUGCGAUGUCUAUAGAGAAAGCUGCGGAGUCCCUGCGAACCUUUUCGCUCGAUAUUUUGUCUCAAAUACAUGCCAUAAGUAGCAAAUCGACAGCAGUUACCAAACAAGAGCUCAAGGAAGUCGGAUAUGGCUUGGAAAACCUGGAGGUCAUGUUGCAUGUCGUAGGACCCUUUGGAGACCAGCUACCUGCCGCCUGUCAGAACAGCUGUCAAGAAGCAUGGUCGAUUUUUGACACCUUUAUUUCCAAGUUUGCGUUCGACUACGACACUUCUGAGAGAGUCACUCGCGUACUUCGUCACGGCAUUACGCUGUUUGGUCAGGGUUCCCUCGCAGUUGCAUCAUCUGUCUUGUCACGAAUGGUGACGUCCUUCGAGGCAACCGGUUUCUCGUCUUUCUUGUGGAUUUCAGGGAAAUUUGUAGGGAGGUUUGGUCACGAGUCGGACCCAGUGUUGCGAAAUGCCUUUCAAAACCUGUACGAGAGAGCGACCAACAAAGUCGUUAGCCUCUUACAAUCAAAGGAUUCAAGAGACAUUCCUGAUGUAUUGGAGGAUUAUGUUCAGCUGUUGCUCCAGCUCAUACGGAUGGCUCCAGACGUUUUCUUCCAGUCCAGCGCAUUCCCACUGGCAUUCAGAGCCACCAUGGCUGCCCUCACUCUAAUUCAUUCUGACCUCGUCUUUGCAUCCUUAGAUCUCUUCCGCGACAUCCUUACUCACGAGAGUCUUACUCCUAGCUCAUCGCCACCUCUCAAGUUCCCCAUUUACUCCUCCGCUAUCAAGGCCGUCAUGGAAAAGGAAGGAUUCGAGUUUGUGGGCUGCAUACUCUCGGGCCUUGUUGGAGAUUUCCCUGAAGACUCUACCUGCGCGCUUUUGUGGUCUACGCAGCUGGUCACAUGGCUGCCACCUAUUCUGCAACAACUUCCUCCAUCUAGUACCCCGAACCAAGUGAAGCAGCAGUUUUUAUUGGAUGUGACCAACUCGUUGAACACCGCCCAAUACGACAAGGUCAAGUAUUCCAUUCUGGCACUCCACCGAGCUUCGCGCAAGGCUCGAGAUCGUAGACGUGUAACUCCCUUGAACCAAGCGUGAGAUCCAAGUGAGGAAAGCUUCCUCGUCUAACACGGACCGGAAUUCAGCGAAGGGGGUGUGCGUACUUACAGAGCUGUAAUAGGAAUGUUGUACAUGGCCCAAAUUGUUUAGUAUUUGCCUGCGAAUGCGCUACCAGUGUCUACCACCGCUCGGCGUUACGUCCGAGAAAACAUUGUUCACGAAAAG